GUGUCCAGCUCGCGCUGCCUUCUAAUUCUGCCCCGGAGUCGCGAGAAAAUGGAGCCCCGUCGCGGAGCGCGCAGCCCCGGCCGGGAGUGAUCGGACCCGGGUUCGAGGAGCAGUUGCGCCGGGAGCCACGAUGAGACGAGGUUUUGGCACCGCUGCACACAUUGACAGGCGGUGAGACGUGGAGGGACUCGACCUCCAGGGCCAUGUGAUCAGCGGGUGUGUGUUGAGCGCGACCCCGACGACCCCAUCGCAGCUGCCGAGUCUUCAUCUUCCAGACACCUCACCUGGGAGGAGAGGUGUGAGACCCACAGGACCAGGGAGCGAUAGGAGCGCGUGUGCUCGUGUGCGUGUGUGCGUGCGUGUGUGAGUGUGCGUGCGCGUGUGUGCGCGUUAGCGUAGUCCAGGGGGCCCUCGGCCCGCCAUGAGGCCGAAGACGUUCCCCGCCGCCCCCUACGUGGGCAACACGCGCCAGCGCCUGCAGGAGAUCAAGGAGGGACUGAAGCAGCCGGCCAAGCUGGUGAGCCAGGCGCUGCAGAGCGCGGGCGCGAGGGGCGGGGCCAGCCGCGGGGGCGGGGACCCCAAGGGCAAGGAUCCCGCAGGGAGGCUCCCCACCCAGCAGCAGCAGCAGCAGCAGCAGCAGCAACAGCAGCAGGCACACCCCCCCCAGAAGUUCAACCAGUACCAGAGCGCCCUGCGCGAAAUCCGCAAGUCCCUCAUGCCCUUUGCCAACGACUCGGGCUCCGCCUCCAGCUCUGGCUCCGCCCAGGCCGGCGGCGAGGUCAACAAGCAGAUGCUGCAGGAGCUCGUCAACGCCGGCUGUGACCAGGAAAUGGCCGUUCGUGCCCUCAAGCAGACCGGCAGCAGGAACAUCGAGGCGGCGCUUGAGUUCAUCAGCAAGAUGGGCUACCUGGACCCGCGCAACGAGCAGAUCGUCCGCGUCAUCCGGCAGACCUCGCCCGGACAAGGGGCCGUGCCAAACCCCCUGGACCACCGGCCGGCGCUCGAGGCCACAAGCGACGGCGCCAUGCCGUCCUACCACCAGAUGGGGGCGAUGAUGUAUAAGGGCGCGGCUUACGGGGCAGACGGCGCCGGCGGCCUUGGGGAGAUGAGCAGACCCUACAUGGGGGGCCCGUCUAUGAACUACAUGGGCCCCGCGAUGGGAAACCACAUGGGGCGGCCCCCGAGCAUGGGACCCUACCCCACCUCCAUGGCGGCCCAGAACCCAGCAGGAACCCCCAUGUUCCCCCCGGGCGCCCAGCAGAAGACCUACCCGCCGGGCGACGCCCUCAUGAGCUUUGCCGUCCCAGGCCAGCCCCUGCAGCUCCAGCCCCCGCCGCCAGGGGGCGCCGGCGGACCCCACUACGAGUACGGCCACGGGCGGCAGCACAUGAUGGAGCCGUCGGGCUACGGCCUGCAGAGGAGCUCCUCCUUCCAGAGCAAGAUGCCCGGCGGGCCAUCGGCGCCAGACGGAUAUGUCAGCAUGCAGGGGGCCGCGGGGGGCGGCGGCUAUUCCUCCGGGAUGUACCUCCCACCCCACCCCCACCCACACCCCCACCAGGUCCACAUGCUGUCGCGGCCCCAGGCGGCCGCGGCCGUCAUGGGCCCCGAUUUCUCCGAAGUGCCCCAGGGCCUGCUGACCCCCAACAGAGCCAGCGUGAACCUGGACCUGUUCGAGCAUCACUGGGGCCAGCCGGGCCCCCCCGAGGCAGCCCCCGCCCGGCCCCCCCAGCCCCAGGGCCCCUUCAGAGGGGAGGUGCGUGUGCCGAGUCGGACCAACUCCUUCAACAACCCGGGGAAGGUCGGUGGCGGCGCCGGAGGGAUGGCGGUGCGACAGGGCGCCGUUAAGCAGGAGGCCGCGCUGAGCCCCCCCCACACCAUCACCGCGGUAACGUCGCCGCCUAUCCAGCAGCCCGUGAAGAGCAUCCGCGUGCUGAGGCCGGAGCCGAAGACGGCCGUGGGGCCCUGCCACCCUGGCUGGCUGCCGGCGCAAACGCCGGAGCCCGCCGAACCGCACGCUUACGGCGCGGGUGAGAGCUACGCCCUGGAGCCCACCGACUACGCCACAGCGGAGCCGCGCUGCCCACCUCCGCCCUACCCCAAAAACCUUCUGAUGCCGGCGGUCGGUCCUGAGCCGGAGGCAGGAUCGGCGAGUCCGGCCGAGGAGCCCGUGAGCGGAAGCGGCGGCAAAGUGGGUCCAACUAAGGACAAGACCAAGGGCGGCAAAGGCGAGAAGGCGGCCAAGGACAAGAAGCAGAUCCAGACGUCGCCCGUGCCGGUGCGCAAGAACGCGCCGGACACCGAGAAGCGGGAGUCGCGCAUCAAGAGCUACUCGCCCUUCGCCUUCAAGUUCUACAUGGAGCAGCACGUGGAGAACGUGAUCAAGACUUACCAGCAGAAGCUGAACCGUAGGAUGCAGCUGGAGCAGGAGAUGUCCAAGGCCGGGCUCUCCGAGGCCGAGCAGGAGCAGAUGCGGAACAUGCUCUACCAGAAGGAGUCCAACUACAACCGACUAAAGCGCGCCAAGAUGGACAAGUCCAUGUUCGUGAAGAUUAAGACGCUGGGCAUCGGCGCCUUCGGCGAGGUGUGCCUCACGCGCAAGGUGGACACGGGCGCCCUCUACGCCAUGAAGACGCUGCGCAAGAAGGACGUGCUCAACCGCAACCAGGUGGCGCACGUCAAGGCGGAGCGCGACAUCCUGGCCGAGGCCGACAACGAGUGGGUGGUUCGCCUCUACUACUCGUUCCAGGACCGCGACAGCCUCUACUUCGUCAUGGACUACAUCCCCGGCGGGGACAUGAUGAACUUGCUCAUCCGCAUGGGCGUCUUCCCCGAGCCGCUGGCGCGCUUUUACAUCGCCGAGCUCACGCUGGCCAUCGAGAGCGUGCACCGGAUGGGCUUCAUCCACCGCGACAUCAAGCCCGACAACAUCCUCAUCGACCUGGACGGUCACAUCAAGCUCACCGACUUCGGUCUCUGCACCGGCUUCCGCUGGACACACAACUCCAAGUACUACCAGAAAGGGAGCCACGCCCGGCAGGACAGCAUGGAGCCGAGCGACCUGUGGGAGGACAUCCCCAACUGCCGCUGCGGCGACCGGCUACUGAGCCUGGAGCAGAGGGCCAUGCGGCAGCACCAGCGCUGCCUCGCUCACUCGCUGGUGGGGACACCCAACUACAUCGCACCCGAGGUGCUGCUGCGCAAAGGCUAUACCCAGCUGUGCGACUGGUGGAGUGUGGGGGUCAUCCUGUUUGAGAUGCUGGUGGGACAGCCGCCCUUCCUGGCGUCCACACCAACCGAAACCCAGCUAAAGGUGAUCAACUGGGAGAGCACGCUGCAGGUGCCCCCCCAGGUGAAGCUGAGCGCCGAGGCCGUGGACCUCAUCAGCCGCCUGUGUUGCUCCGCCGAAGAGCGGCUCGGCAAGAACGGCGCGGGAGAGAUCAAGACCCACCCCUUCUUCAGCCAGGUGGACUUCUCGUGCAACCUGCGCACGCAGCCGGCGCCGUACCGGCCCAAGGUCAGCCACCCCAUGGACACGUCCAACUUCGACCCGGUCGAGGGCGAUGGGCCGGAAGCCUGGGCCGAGAGCGCGGGGGAGCAGGUGGGCCCCCCCCACGGCAAGCUAGCCGAGCCGGAGCACGCCUUCUACGAGUUCACCUUCCGCAGGUUCUUCGAUGACAACGGCUGUCCCUUCCGCUACCCGAAGCCCCCCGAGGCGGUGCCCCCCGCAGGCGGCAGCCCCCAACCAGAUGAUGAGCCUGCGGAGGGCUGCGAGCCCGUGUACGUGUAGAGCACCCGCGCCCCCAGCCGCUCUGCGUGUGUGUGUGUGUGUGUGUGUGUGUGUGUGUGUGGAUCCCUCUCAGGGGACCCCCGCCUGGGGCCACACUGGAGGGUUUCCGGCUCCAGAGCGGGAUCAAAAUCCAUGUCCAGCGUGCGGAUUGUGGGGCACAGUUAGGCGCAGUGAAAAACUGAGGUGAGGAACGCUCUGAGUUGGGGGUUCGGCAAGACGGCUAAAGCAUCGAAGGUGGGGGGGCUGGAAGGAAGGAAAGCAAGUGGAGCGGAAGGCCACAGAGUGUCUGAGGAACGUCUGUACGAUAAAUGGCCGUUGCAGCUGUCACACACAGAGCGCAGGGGGCGCUAGAGGUGUGGGUGGAGCAAGGUGACCUGGCCGACCCCGCCCAGACCCCGCCCUGACCCUGAAUAAAUAAGCACCUAUCCUGCCACAUCUCCAUUGGACCCUCAGAGCUCCACAGAAAGCCCAGAUGGAGAUGACCAUGAGGGGGGAGAGGCACGCGGCUCCUCCCAUUCAGUCGGGAUCCAGUGAUGGGGAGAGUGGGCGGGGCUAACUCACUGUCACAUACCAGGAAGACUCCGCCCACUUAGCCUUCCUAGGUCCCAUCCCCACGACCCUGGCAAACCAGGUGGCUACUGUUCAGACCACGUUUCCCGUCGGGGGCUGCGGUCUACCAGCUGACUGGACCGGAGGGACGGGACACUGGACCACUUCUUUGGUCUCAGGACACAAAGGUGACCAGGCAGCUGCGCUCAAGAUGAGGCUCUGGGUUCGGGCGGCACGGCAGGAAACACCAUGGGAGGUCCUGCUCGACUCGUGGCCCCGGGGCCCACUACUGCUGCGACUGUCGGGCUCUCGCACCCGGGACCCGUGCAGUAUUAGAGACCGAGGAGACGAGCAGAUGCACCUGAGGAGGACGACUGCACCUGUCUGAGAGACAGUGAGGGGGUGGAGGUGGGGGGGUGGUGUACUAGUCUGAUAUGAACAUGUGCAAUACCGAAAAAUUUAAAUAGAACAGGAUACUUUUUGUAUGUAUGUAUGUAUGUAUGUAUAAU